AUGGCGGUGCCGAAGAGCUCCCCGCGGGAGCCACAGCGGCCUCGCGCCCCCGCCGCAGGUGAGCCCGGGGCUGGCCCGGGCCGUCAGGAGGGCGGGGGGCCUUGGGCUGCGACGGACGCGCUCGGCCCCAGCGGCCGUCGGUGCCGCCCCGCGAGGGGUGCGAGGUCCGGGGGACCCCGGGGGCCGGAGCGCGCCCCUGAGCUGGGCGGGGAGGGGUCCCUGGGAGGAGAGCGCCCGUCGCCUGACGGGGUGGGGGUCCCAUCAGAGCCGCCGGGGGCGCCCAGGGUCAGGCCUGCAGCCCGGGAGCAGGCGCGGGGCCCCGCGGGGCCCGGUGUCCUCUUUGAUUGUUGUCGGAGGGACCUCCGAGGAAGACGAACACAGCUGCUGCCAGCUUCGGUGGACCAGUUCCCGGUUCUGCAUUUCUCUGGCGGCCACGCUAGGGGUGUGAUCCCAUUAGUGAAUUUGGGGAGCGUGCCUGUUCACAAACGCAGACUGGGGGCUGCAGGAAGUGACCAAGUUUAUUCCUGGACACUAGUUACAAGCCAAGCCUUAGAUACUGUUUGGAGAAUAGCAAAGGGCUCUGCAAAGUUGGCAGUUUCAUUUCUGGUGACUGCCCUCUGCUACUUCAGGAGGCUGCAUUUUUAUUUAGGGCACCAGCUAAAAUGGUGGAUUGGAUAUCUACAGAGAAAAUUCAAAAGGAACCUCAGUGUGGAGGCGGAAGUUGAUUUACUCAGUUACUGUGCAAGAGAAUGGAAAGGAGAGACAGCCCGUGCAAAGCUGAUGAGGAAGGCUUAUGAAGAGCUGUUUUGGCGGCAUCAUAUUAAAUGUGUUCGACAAGUAAAGAGAGAUAACUACGAUGCUCUGAGAUCGGUGUUAUUUCAAAUAUUCAGCCAGGGCCUCUCUUUUCCAUCCUGGAUGAAAGAAAAAGACAUUGUUAAGCUUCCUGAAAAACUGCUAUUUUCACAAGGUUGUAAUUGGAUCCAGCAAUACAGUUUUGGUCCUGAGAAGUAUACAGGUUCAAACGUGUUUGGAAAAUUACGUAAAUGUGUGGAAUUAUUGAAAACACAGUGGACUGAAUUUAAUGGAAUUAGAGAUUAUCACAAGAGAGGAAGUAUGUGCAACAUCCUUUUUUCUGAUGCCAUUUUGGAAUAUAAACUUUAUGAAGCUUUAAAGUUCAUCAUGCUAUAUCAAGUCACUGAAGCAUAUGAACAAAUGAAGACUAACAAGGUCAUUCCCAGUCUUUUUAGACUCCUGUUUUCCAGGGAGACAUCAGCUGAUCCUUUGAGCUUCAUGAUAAAUCACCUGAAUUCUGUGGGCGACACAUGUGGACUAGAGCAGAUUGAUAUGUUUAUACUUGGAUACUCCCUUGAAGUGAAGAUAAAAGUGUUCAGACUGUUCAAGUUUAACUCCAGAGACUUUGAAGUCUGCUACCCAGAAGAUCCUCUCAGGGAGUGGCCGGAAAUCUCCCUGCUGACGGAGAACGACUGCCACUACCACAUUCCCGUCUGUUAA